AUGUGCGCCGCAUACGACCCAAACUUCUACUAUCCCGUCAAAGAGUUCCAGAGCGACAGGGUCAAACUCGUACCCUUCCAUCCAGAGCUGAACGGCAAGGCGUUUUACGAUGCAUCCGCGCUGUAUCCUGAGGUGUAUGAUUGGAUCCCUUUUGGUCCCUUCCCCACCAUAGAAGGGUUCUUGGACUAUAUUGAAGGUCGUAUCCACCGCGAUCCCGCUCUUACUCUCUUUGUCGUCUACAACAAAUCUGUGGAAAACGAGACAGACCAGAUUGCCGGGCUCAUUGGCUUCCUGAACACAGUUCCCGCCUACCUCAGCACCGAAAUCGGCUUUGUCUUCACACUCCCGCCGUUCCAGCGUACACACGUCACAACACACGCUGUCGGCCUCUUGCUGGCCUGGUGUUUCGACGAGCUCAAGCUGAGGCGAGUGCAAUGGCAAGCAAACGCCCUCAAUGAGAAGUCAGUGAGCGCGGCGCAGAAGAUGGGAUUCAUAUUGGAAGGUAUCAUUCGCUGGCAGCGGCUGCUCCCGCCUGAAAAGAGCGAACGAGGUCUGAAGCCUCGAGAGGACGAUCCAAAGCCAGAGUACUACGGCCGAAACUCAGCACUGCUCAGUGUAUGUUGGGACGACUGGGAAGAUGGGGUGAGACAGCAGGUUCAAGAGCGCAUGGCUCGACGGAAGUAG